UUCAAGGGUUCGGUUUACCUGUUACCCAUCUGGGGAUUUCAGUAAAGAGUUAAAUCAUUCAACCGUAUCACCAACAGCAUAUUUCUGCACAAAAGAGGGCGAAUUAAAGUCGAGAUCCUUGGAAGUAGACGCGAGUUCGUUUCCUUCUAUAAAAGGCGACAAAAGUCACCCCCUUCCGUGUGUGACGCAAGUUUGACUUCACAGCGACGACAAAUUGCCUGUAUUAUUUGUGUAUUUAUUUACUUGAAUUGCAGCAGCGAGGACGUUAGUAAAAAACGCGGCCCUUGAAGUUACUUGUGGACAAUUGAACUUCUGAUAAGGAAUUCAUUCAAUUUGAAGAUUUAUUAGAUCGGGGUCUGUAUCGUGAGUAGUGUUUAAAUUAGCUGUAAUAAACAACCAUAUGGACUGAUGAUGAACUAAUAACAGGGACUAAAUGGAAUGGUGGUUUAAUACACGUGAUGGAUACAAAAAUUUGAUUUCCGGAGUGAAGAUGAUUUGAUAUUUGGAAUGUGAUGUCAACGAUGCCGAUUUCUGUGAAAAGGAGUUCAUCUCAAAGAUCACCGCCUCGGGCCAAAAGAGGAGCUUCGGUCCGGAGAACAAACAGUUUUAACCUCCUAGCGAGGCCUAGCAAACCUGGAGAUCGACUUAAUGUAGAGGCCCUCUACGGUCUCACCCCAUAUAGGGAUGGAGUGGACGAAGUUUCGGAAUAUGCUCGUUCGAUAUUGAUAAAUGCUGUGAAAGUUGAACCGCACGUUCGUGACAUUUUCUUUCCAAAUGAAGCCCCAGAUUCUGUUUUGGAAUACUUAGAUACCCGAGGAUUUCCGAUGGACAAAUUGGCAACAGCCUUGGUUGCUGAAUGUAUAUCUAAUAUAAAAGACGAAUAUAAGUUUCAUCAAAUGAUUGACAAAGACUCACUCCAACAAGUGCUAAGGGAUAUUUAUAAUGGUCUUCAGUGGAAAAAGCUAGGUUUCUGCCUGUACUCUUUGACCUAUCCAGAGGUAGUCCGAGAUGAAAAGACAGGGGUCAGUCUGAAGGACUUCAUGGAAGACAAUGGACAUGUUUGGGCAGAGAAGCUCCUAGCACACAUUAUGGAGCCCCGUUGGACCCAGAUGUGGAUUUUCCAGAUUGUCCGGGGGCAGUGUACAGAGGCAGAUUACAACAGAGAAAUGAAUGCUCUCUUUGUAAAGUUACAUCUCCUCGAUCCACAAGUCGUUAUACCAGCAUUUCAGUUCCUGCUUAACCAAAAAGCGCUUCCGUCCGUAAACCUAGAGCUAGCAACGAGAAAUUACCUUGGUGGACCAUUAGACUCCUCCAUAUUAGAGGAGGAGGUGAGAGGGGCGGAGGAGAAGGAAUCGGUUCCCCUGAACGCCUCCCGCAUCAGCCUGUCAGACUUAGAGGUUACCCACGGGGUGGAGGUGGAGGAGUUUAUCACCAGUGAAUGUAGAAGUCUGGAUAUAUGGAACGAGAAAAGACCAGAAAAUUCAAAAAUCUCCAAACCACGUGAUCGUUGUGUUGUAAUGUGAUUGGACAGAGGAUAAUUCAGUUAUAUGUGAAAGUCCUUUUCCAGCAUCAUAUGCAUCGUUUUCAAUCUAACAUUUUUAGCAAUUACAUUUGAUAAACAUUUUUCAUUUUACAUCUGCAUGCUUUUGAUGAAAGCCUUUAAUACUCAGACUGACGUGCUCCGUUCUUUUUUCUCUUACAUGAUCUGUAUAUUAAUUUUUAAAAUAAAAUAUUUAUAAACUGU